ACCGACGUGCUUCUACCUUGCCCUCCCGCACCCCGCGCAGUCUUGGGCAUGGGCUUCACAGCCGAUCGAGUGGACUGGGCACUGCACGCCACGCGCUCAAGCGGUCUACAGCCCGCCAUGGAUCAUCUUCUUGCUCAUUCCGAAGAGCCAGUGCCCGACUACAAGAGCGCGCCUGCUCCAGCCACCACGGCGGGCGCGGCGGACUAUGAUGAUGAGGAUCAGGCGGCUCUGAUGGACAUGCUGGGCAAACAGGGUCAGAGCGCUCAAGAUGAGAUGAUCGAGGGUGCUCAAGAGGCAAAGAGCAUCAAAUGCGUGGAAUGCGGCAAGAUCCUCAAGUCGCCCGCCUUUGCCUCCUUUCACGCUGAGAAGAGCGGUCACACCAACUUUGAGGAGAGCACAGAAGAGGUCAAGCCUCUGACAGAAGAAGAGAAAAAGGCAAAGCUUGCUGAGCGUGAGUCGAUCAUUCCGCAGUAUUCGCUAUGGUGUGCCCCUCUCACUGUUGUACGCUCAACGACAUGUGAUUCCCCAUUCCGGCGCUUCACAGUUCGGGACAAGCUGGCAGCCAAAAGAGCAGCGCAGAGCAAGGAUGACGCCAAGGAGGCCAAGGCGAACGAGCAGAUCAGACGAAAAGCUGGAAGAGAUAUGGGAGAGGCUAGAGAGGAGAUGAAGAAGAAAGGUGAGCAUGCUGAGAACUGCAGUGCGUUGCGGAUCUCACGAACCUGCCCGCUUCUGAUCCCCCCACAAACACUGCCUAUCAUCUGCACAGAGGCUGUGAGAGAAGCUGAGAAGCGCAAAGCCGAAGCGCGAGCCGAUGUCGAGGCGAAGCGGCGAGUGCGAGAGCAGAUCGAGCAAGAUAAGCGCGAGAGGGCGGACAAGGCUGCUCGUGAAAAGGCUUUGCGCGAAGGAGGUCCAGUGCCCGUCUCUGCGCCAGCUGCAUCUAGCAAGCCUGGAGGAUUAGCAGCUGCACUUGCAGGUGGCGCAGGGGCAAACGGCGCGAAUAACAGCGAGGCACGAUUGCGGGUCAGAGCUCCGAAAGGAACCUGGACUGGAACUCUGCCGGCCGACAAGACGCUUGGCGAUGUCGCAAAGCAAAUUCAGGAGGCUGGAAUGGCUGACGGAGGACUGAAUUUCAGCACCACUUUUCCGCGCAAACAAUUCGGAUCAGCCGAGCUUGGCAAGAGCUUGAAGGAGCUGGGACUGGUGCCCAAUGCCGCGCUCGAGGCGAGCGCCGCUCCCUGAACGACGCGCGCUUCAUCGGACUAGAGUCAAGAGGUGCAGUGCGGAGGUCAACCACGACGUCUGGACUGCCUUGGCGUCCUUUUUUCUUUCUUUCCGCGCGCCGCGAGAAGCAGUUUCAUCCACAAGAUGUUGUCAGAUCAGCUCGACCUGUAAUAGAUUGAUCGUGAGGAAGCAUUCUUAGAUGGCAUGUGGACGAUCGCACACAAA